UUUCUAUCUUUAAUCUUCUCCAUUUUUCUCAAACCUCUUAACUUUUGUCCUUAACUAAAUAUUGCUAGUUGUUCACAUCUACUGCAGCUUUAAUUUCUUUGGCUUUGCUUCUCUUUAUUUUGCAUGCUUUUUAAUCACUUCUUUUGAAUCUUUUUCACAACCCCUUUUGUCCCUUCUAGUCAAAGAAGAAGUAGAAUGUGUCCACACACAUAUAUACAUAAAUCCAAAAUAAUUUGAUAUUUCUUGGAACUUUUUAUAUAAGUGGAGUUUUUGUUCUUUUUAUUGGGGUUUUUGUGAACUUAAAAAGCUUUCAAAUGGCUCCAGAUAAUAAUAACUGGUUAUCUUUUUCUUUGUCUUCAAUGGAAAUGCUCAACUCUUCUUCUUCUCAGUCUUCUAAUAUGCUUCAAUCUGCCGACUCAAAUCAUUACUAUUUUGCUGAUAAUAACUUCUUUCCCCACGGGUGGACGAACCAAAAAUCUCAAGUAAUGUAUUCAGAAGGUGAAAAACAAACUAUAAAUGAUGAGUCAUUGAUUUUUUAUUCACAAAUACACAACCAGCAACCGCCGCCGAAGCUUGAGGAUUUUCUCGGCGGCGAAACGACGGAGACUCAAGAUUCGUCGUUGACUCACAUGUAUGACCACGGUGGCUCAGUCGCCGGUGCCGGUUACUUCAACGGUGGUUUCCAAACAUUUUCGGCUAACUCGGGUUCAGAAGUUGAUGACUCACAGGUUAUGGGUACUGAGUUUGGUACUGAGUCAAGUAACGAGUUGGAUUAUUCACAGUGUCCUACUGGUGCUUUGUCUUUGGCUGUUAAAACUACUACUACUACCUCGGAAAAAGCUAUUGUUGCUGUUGAUUCUGAGGGUUGUAAGAAAAUUACUGAUACUUUUGGUCAAAGGACUUCCAUUUACAGAGGUGUAACAAGACAUAGAUGGACAGGAAGGUACGAAGCGCAUCUAUGGGAUAAUAGCUGUAGAAGAGAGGGUCAAGCUAGAAAAGGGCGUCAAGUGUACUUGGGUGGAUAUGACAAGGAGGACAAAGCAGCAAGAGCUUAUGAUUUAGCAGCUCUAAAAUAUUGGGGUCCAACAGCCACCACCAAUUUUCCUGUUUCCAAUUAUACCAAAGAAUUAGAGGAUAUGAAGAACAUGACCAAGCAAGAAUUCAUUGCCUCCCUAAGAAGGAAAAGUAGUGGUUUCUCAAGAGGAGCUUCUAUUUAUCGGGGCGUGACAAGGCAUCACCAACAAGGUCGUUGGCAAGCGAGAAUUGGCCGUGUUGCAGGGAACAAGGAUCUGUAUUUAGGAACAUUUGCUACUGAGGAGGAAGCAGCAGAAGCAUAUGACAUAGCAGCAAUAAAAUUCAGGGGAGUGAAUGCAGUGACCAAUUUCGAAAUGAAUCGAUAUGAUGUCGAGGCCAUUAUGAAAAGCGCGCUCCCUAUAGGCGGAGCAGCAAAGCGGUUGAAGAUCUCACUCGAAUCGGAGCAGAAACCAUCGUUGAACAAUAACUACCACCAGCAGACUCAAUGCAGUAGUGUCAACAGCAGUAGCAUCAAUUUCGGGCCAAUUAACCCUGUUUCCGCCAUCCCUUGUGGAGUACCAUACGAUGCGAACCAACCCUUUUACCAUCACAGCUUCUUCCCCCACCUCCAGUACUCCAACAACGACGGUCCUUCUGAUACUUCUGGUGCGAUGACUAAUAUGAUAGCUGCAAUGCCAUUACUGCAAUCACCGGCCGAGAUCUUCAUCUGGCCUCAUCAGUCCUAUUGAUCUUGCAAGGCAAGAUAAGCUCGGAUAGCAACAACAACAAGAACAGACCCAGUGGAUUCUCACUUGGAUAAGUUCGGGUAGCGUGCUCUGCAAAUUCCUUUAGGCUAAUUUAAAUUAACCUCUUUGCCGUCAUGUAUUCGUUCUAAGCUGACCCUAUUUCUAACUUGCUAAAGUGUUAGCAUUGGCUGAAAAAUUUCAUGAAAAGUUGAAGAUGAAUAGCUUUUGUUUUUUUACUUAAUAGGUAGAAGGUGAAAAUAUUGUAAAGUAUCUUUUCUUCAACAGCUGCAGUAGUAGAUGCAUGUUGACAGGUACUUAAUUAGGGUUUGGGGGUACGUAGUGCACUCUUGUGGGAAAAUUUUGUUUUUGUUGCUUCCUCAUCUUCCCGAGUUGCUCUUAGUACAGCAUAUUAUUUUGUUGAA